UGUCGGAGCGGCGGCGGCGGGAGCCAUGUCCGGUCGCGGGAAGCAGGGCGGCAAGGCGCGGGCCAAGGCCAAGUCGCGCUCGUCGCGGGCCGGGCUGCAGUUCCCCGUGGGCCGCGUGCACCGGCUGCUGCGCAAGGGCAACUACGCGGAGCGCGUGGGCGCCGGCGCGCCGGUGUACCUGGCGGCCGUGCUGGAGUACCUGACGGCCGAGAUCCUGGAGCUGGCGGGCAACGCGGCCCGCGACAACAAGAAGACGCGCAUCAUCCCCCGCCACCUGCAGCUCGCCAUCCGCAACGACGAGGAGCUCAACAAGCUGCUGGGCAAGGUGACGAUCGCGCAGGGCGGCGUGCUGCCCAACAUCCAGGCCGUGCUGCUGCCCAAGAAGACCGACAGCCACAAGGCGAAAAGCAAGUGAAACAAAUCCGAGGAGCGUUCCCAACCUCAAAAGUAACCCAAAGGCUCUUUUCAGAGCCACCCACUUCCUCAUAAAAGGAGCUGUACAUCCUAGCAAAAAAUAAACUAAACACCUCUCCACCCCCCUCUCCCCUUCUCUUCAAAAAACCUAAAAUGUAACUAAAACGAACAAUCCCCCGUUAAACACCCCAAAUCAUUUUAAUCUUAACUCUUGGAAAUAAUCCAAAACCAAACCACCCCAAAUACUUUGUAUCUUAGCUCUUAAAUUAAGAUCAAAACUGGAAAAUCUACUGUGUAGUAAAAUAAAUC